AUGAACGGAUCAAGCCAAAAGGUGUUGGUACGCAAUUUUGAGAAUGUGGUGCGAGGAGAUGUUACGUCGGUCGGAGGCAAGAAUGCCUCGUUGGGAGAGAUGAUCCGUGGCCUCAAAGCAGAGGGUGUUGCUGUCCCGCCUGGCUUUGCCACGACCGCCGACGCAUAUUGGCGCUACGUCGACGCCAACGACAUCAGGACCAAGAUGACCAAACUGAUUGAAGAGUGGCAAUCUGGCAAAACAACUCUUUCAGCGACUGGCCAGGCUGUGAGGGAUCUAUUUUUGCGCGGCGACUGGCCGCAGGAUCUGUCAACAGCCAUCACAACCGCCUACCAGCAGCUUUCGGCGCAAGCAGGCAUUGAGAAUCUGUCUGUUGCUGUGCGUUCCAGUGCCACCGCCGAGGACCUGCCCAACGCCAGUUUUGCCGGUCAGCAAGAAUCAUACCUGAACAUCUCGGGUCCAGCUGCCCUCCUCAACGCCUGUCGACGUUGCUAUGCUUCACUCUUCACAGACCGGGCCAUCAGCUACCGUCAAACCGAGCAUUUCGAUCAUCUCAAAGUCGCCCUUUCCAUCGGUGUGCAACGCAUGGUUCGCUCGGAUGCUGCCGGCUCAGGGGUGAUGUUUACUCUUGACACUGAAAGUGGCUUCAACAAGGUUGUGCUCAUCAACGCAGCCUGGGGUCUGGGCGAGAAUAUCGUCCAGGGCACUGUCAAUCCCGACGAAUACCAGGUUUUCAAACCGCUCCUCACCAACCCCGACCUCGUCCCGAUCAUCGAGAAGAAACGGGGUGAAAAGGCGAUGAAGAUGAUAUAUGGAAAUGAGCAUAUGCCAACCCGCAAUGUGCCCACCUCAAAGGCAGAGAGGAACAGCUUCGUGCUCAGCGACCCGGAAAUCCUCAAUCUGGCGCGGUGGGCGUGCAUCAUCGAGAACCACUACAAAUGCCCCAUGGACAUAGAAUGGGCCAAGGACGGCAUCACAGGAGAGAUGUUCAUCGUCCAGGCGCGGCCGGAGACUGUGCAAGCACGACGUGAAGCUGGUGCCUUCAAAACCUACAAGAUCGGCAAAAAGGGUCGUGUGCUAGCGACCGGUCUUUCGGUUGGCGAGGCCGCCGUGUCGGGUCGUCUCUGCCUCAUCGAAACCGCCAAAGACAUAGGCAAGUUCGUGGAUGGGUCGAUUCUGGUCACGGAAACGACUGAUCCUGACUGGGUGCCCAUCAUGAAACGAGCCGCAGCCAUCAUCACCGACCACGGUGGACGAACAUCGCAUGCAGCAAUUGUCAGCCGUGAGCUGGGUGUUCCCGCCGUUGUUGGGACGGGCAAUGCCACCUAUGUCCUACAUACGGGACAAGAUGUUACCGUAUCUUGUGCCGAGGGCGAUACCGCGUUUGUCUAUGAAGGCAUCUCCGAGAUCACCACCAAGGAGAUCGACGUGCAUGGACUGCCACCGACAAAGACAAAUGUCAUGCUCAAUCUCGCCAACCCGGCAUCUGCCUAUCGUUGGUGGCGUCUCCCGGCCGACGGCAUCGGACUCGCACGGAUGGAGUUCGUCGUCAGCAGCAUUCAAGUUCACCCCAUGGCGCUGGUCCAUUUCGAGAAAUUGAAGGACGAAAAGGCCCAGGCCGAAAUCACCAGACUGACCGCCGGGUACAAGGACAAGCCCGAGUACUUUGUGGACAAGCUCUCGCGGGGGCUCGCCUGCUUGUGCGCGGCCGUGUACCCCAAGCCAGCCAUCAUCCGGAUGAGCGACUUCAAGACCAACGAGUACGCCAACCUGAUCGGCGGGAAAGACUUUGAGCCCAAGGAGGAGAACCCGAUGCUGGGGUUCCGGGGUGCGUCGCGGUACUACUCCCCGCGGUACAAGGAAGGCUUCGCGCUGGAAUGCCGCGCGAUCAAACGGGUGCGGGAGGAGAUGGGCUUCACCAACGCCAUCGUCAUGAUCCCCUUCUGCCGGACGGUGGGCGAGGCGGCCAAGGUGAUGGCGGUCAUGGCGGAGAACGGGCUGCGGCGCGGCGAGAACGGGCUGCAGGUGUACGUCAUGUGCGAGAUCCCGUCCAACGUGAUCCUGGCCGAGGAGUUCACGCGCCAGUUCGACGGCUUCUCCAUCGGCUCCAACGACCUGACGCAGCUGACGCUGGGCGUGGACCGCGACUCGGCCGAGCUGGCCGACCUGUUCGACGAGCAGGACGCCGCCGUCAAGUGGAUGAUCGAGCACGUCAUCACCGUCGCCCGCCGCGCCGGCCGCAAGAUCGGCCUCUGCGGCCAGGCCCCCAGCAACCACCCGGAGUUCGCGGCCUUCUUGGUCCAGUGCGGCAUCAGCUCCGUCUCCGUCAGCCCGGACAGCUUCCUCGAGGUCAAGAGGCACGUCAUUGCGAGCGAGAAGGCCAAGGCGAACGGCGUCGCGAAUGGCUCGUGA